AUGGGCACACUUGAGGUGUUCUCUCACGCCUACUGUGCUGGCAGGAAUUCGUGUGUGUUGGUGGAUGCCUGGCUGGAACUUUUCUUAAGCUUCUGUACUUUGUUAGUGGUGUGUGGUCUGCUCGUAGCUUCGCGCUGUUGCUGGAUCUGUGGACGUAGACGAAUCCAUCGCGUGCUAACUAGAACGACUCGAGGAAUGGCACGGCGCAUACGUCGUCGCUUACGUAAAUGUGGAAUCCGAAUCGCUGGACGAACGUCACCUUUGCCACUUGCGGUGAUUAAGAAAGACGCUACUGCUGCACACAUUCACGGUCACAAGAACUCUCAACAGCAGGGAGAAGCCUUCAUCUUGCAGACACAGCGGAUGCAACACAUGGACCUUGCUGCACAAUCUUCACCACUUACGGAAGAGCUAUCACAACCACAAAUUCCUCCACUUAUGCUUUCCGACGGCCAUAACAAUGUAUUGUCUUCUGCCCUCCCUGAAGAGGAAAAGCGAGCUGCUGUUUGUGCUGGUUCAGUGACGGUGAAGAAACGUGAUUCAAGCAAACCCAUGGUCAUAACCAGACAGCGAUCAAAAAGUGCGAUGGACCCUCCCAAGUCGCCUACCAGCUCCAAAGUACGAGCCGUAUCAAUCUCCGUAGCACGGAACCCACGCCACAUUCUUGGCGUGAGGAUAAGUGGGAGUCGCACAGACUCCGCAGAUUCAGCCAUGUCGUCAGAGCGCUUACGGACCAACUCUUCCAAAAAGUGGUUCCAAAUUUUCAAAAAGCGAAUGCCUUCUCGUGCGCAUUCCCAAGCUCUUUUCAAUGAACCAUCGUACGCCACAAAGAAUGGAAUGGCCGAAUUGUCACCAGAAGACCGAGCUGUAAAUGAACGAAGAGCCAGCAUGCAGUUACGAGAUAAAAGACGCGUAAGUGUCGGCGUUAGUUCCCAUGUACAAUUCGAAGUCGGUGGUGAUCAAGCUUCAGUAUAUGAAGUCAAACUACGUGAAGUGAACCUGGUAAAACGAUUAGCCUCUGGGCCGUUGAGCGAGGUGUAUGCAGCGAUCUGGCGUGAUACAAAAGUUGGCGUCAAAUUGCUCAUGCCUCGAGAAGGUGUCGUAGACAAUUUAGAAGAGGCGGUCAAGAAUUUCAGACGCGAAAUUUGGGUUAUGCAUGCACUGAAACACCCAAAUAUUGUCAAAUUACUCGGUGCAAGUCUGACGCAAAGCUGCUAUGUUCUCGUUAUGGAAUACAUGCCCAACGGUUCCUUAUACGAUUACUUACGAGAUGCAGCUAACUUCUUCCCGCACCAACUUAUUGUCACUAGUGCCUUUGACAUUGCCUCCGGAAUGGCUCAUACUCAUGCUUGCGACGUAUUACAACGAGAUUUAAAGUCCAAGAACUGCCUACUCUCCGAAAAUCUAGUCGUCAAAGUAUCCGACUUUGGUCUCGCACGGUUCAAAAGUCUUCAAUACGGCUCAUACACUUGGGUCGGCACGCCGUUCUGGGCUGCUCCAGAGGUGAUUCGACACGAACCUUACGAUGAAAAAGCAGAUGUUUAUUCGUUUGGUAUCGUGCUUUGGGAGCUCGUGGAGCGCAAAGAUCCUUAUGACAACCUUAAUGCCUUUCAAGUGCCACUUCAAGUGGCAAAUGAGGGCCUCCGACCGGCAGACUUCACACGACCAGCACCUCUUGGACUCGAGCAAUUGAUGCGUCAGUGCUGGGAUGCUGAUCCCGAGCAACGUCCUUCCUUCGUUGACAUUUCCCAUACGCUAGGCACAUGGCUAAGGACCAAAAGCUGUCAAGGAGACGACGCUCGAGUGAAGAGUAUCGCUGAAAACGAUGCCAGUAUCGACUUGUCUGCUCACAUUCAAAGAGGGAAAAUUACAGCUACACAGGCGGAACUCCAUCGGUUCGCUGAGUCUCACGACGCCAAUGCCAAGGUCAUCCCGAUCACGCUGUCUUCUCUACGUAAAGGACUGUCGACCUCUAGACUACAGCGUGCGCGGUCCACUAAAAACAUCAUGACAGCGAGUGAGUUUGAGGAAUUACGGGUCAAUUCUACCUUGGGAAUCCCCGGUCUCGAGGAACUUGGAGGAUCAAAAGGUAAAUUCAGCAGUAGUGGCUCCAUUCCCCAGCGUAGAAGACUACCAAACAUCCAUUUCACGCAACUCGAAGCCAAUUCUGACACUGAAUAA